AAAUCGGUACCCGAAGAUCCCUAGAUAUUUUGGCGCUACAAAUUCAUUGCAUUUUGUGGCACAUUGCAUAGUUCCUUGCUCUAUUGUUGUAAUCGAUGAUUAAACUUGGUGCAUUUUGCAGGUGUGAUAUACGGGCUGGAGUGAGAAGUCUGGUCACUGAUUACUUGACGGCAGCAUCAGCAAGGCCGACAGUCAGGAAACCAAACAAGCAAGGAAUUUUGUGUACUUCUAAAAAUUACUGCCUACCAAAAGUCAGCACGGGAAACGCACAUCCGGGACUUCCACACUUUGUACAUUGCACUGUUUUUCCCGCUACAAUGCCGUCCAAUGUUGAGAUCAAAGCCCACCUCAGAGAGCCGGACUUUGUCAGGAAGAAAGCUCAAGAGCUGAGCGGCAACAACACAUCAGAAGUACUACACCAGGAGGACACGUUCUUUCAUUGCCCCAAUGGCAGGCUCAAACUCCGAGAAUUUAAGGAGGACCCAACGAAACUCUCACAAUUGGUCUUCUAUGACAGACCUGACACCACCGGGCCCAAGCUUUCUAAGUUCUCAGUCACUGAAUCUCAUCAUCCGGAUCAACUGAAGUCGACGCUGAGCCUAGCCCUGGGCGUGAAAGGCAUCGUCAAAAAGACGAGAACAUUGAUCAUGGUUGGACAGACCAGAGUGCAUAUUGAUGAGGUGGACAGACUGGGAAGCUUCAUGGAACUGGAGGUGAUGAUGCAACCGGACCAGACCACGGCCGACGGGACCAAAAUAGCCGAUGAUCUCAUGGAGGAACUUGGCAUCCAGCCAAGUGACCUGAUAUCCUGCGCCUACAUGGAUCUCAUACUCCAGAACGUCGAAGGCAAUUAACUGCUACUAAUGGGAGCCUGAGAAAAGAGCUGCAAGAUACUAAAAAACAUUAGCUGAAAUAUUUGAUAAAGCCUUUUUGCUGCUACAUGUAGGCAUUAUGUGGGCUUGGGUAACUCUGCACCAGAAUGGAGUAGAAUCUAUUUCCAAACUUGGCAUGAAAAUCAUGACCUCACCUUGAUUCUAAAUAGUAGCUCAUUGUAUUUUCAAGAGAGACGUUUCCAGGCAGUGCCUAAAGCUGCCCUCAGGUCGAUCUUGCCACGACAUGUAGCUGGCCCAACUAUUUCUGAGAAGCUGCGCUACAUAUAAACUUGCUUGCCAACGAGAAAUCCAUAUGCUUGUAGUGCAGGGCUCAAGGAAUGGAACGGUUUUUGUGGAAGGAUAUGAGAGAAAGGAAUGUUUUCCCAAUUGUUU